AUGACCCCUCCAUUCUCUCUGAAAGAGCCCAAGUAUGACAUGAACACGGUUAUGGGUCGAUCUCUCUACUUCGUUGAGGCGAUCAAUCCACUGCUCCUCCUGGAAACUAAAACGUCGUUGGAAAAGCACCGCGAAUUAUUAAAACAAUGGGAAAAGAAAGAGAUCAAAGACGUGCCUGAUGCGAAGCUUUGGUGGUCCCGGAACGCGCUCGAGCAGUGCAUUCAUCCGACCUCCGGUGAAGUCAUCUUCCCCCUCUUCCGCAUGUGCAGCUUCCUGCCGCUGAACUUUCUGUUGGUGCCAUACAUGAUGCUACCUUCCACCGUCACGAGUGUCUCCCGGACGAUCUUCAUCCAGUGGCUGAAUCAAAGCAUCAACGCGGCGAUCAACUACGCGAAUCGCUCGAGUGACAAACAGCCGGCGUUGGAGAUCUUUAAGGCGUACACGGCGGCGGUGACGGUGGCCUGCGGGGGCACCCUCACCGCGACGAUGAUGCUCCGACGGGUCUCCCACGCCUCCCUUCGGGGGAUGAUCAUCCGCGGCACCAUCCCAUUCCUUGCCGUCUCCGUGGCGGGGAUCGUGAACCUCGCGGUGAUGCGGCGGAACGAGUGGAUGCGCUCCGGCAGCGGGCUCGAGGUGAAGGACGAGGACGGGGUGCCGCGUGGGAUGAGCACGCAGGCCGGGCGGGAUAGCCUCCUUAAGUGCUCCAUCUCCCGGCCGGUGUGGAACGCGCCGUGUAUGAUGCUCCCUACCUUGUUGUCGAUGCCGAUUAUGCGGUACUACGGCUCGGCACGGCGGCACCCGAUCAUGACGGAGACCCUGUUGCAAAUCCUUGGCCUCUCCUUAGGGGUGCCCUUCGCGCUGGGGCUUUUCAACCCGAUACAAACCAUUCCAGCGACGAAGCUAGAGCCGAGGUUUCAGAACCUGCCACGUAAGAGCGGCGCCCCGGUCGUCAACUACACCUAUUACAAGGGUUUGUGA